UAUAAUCCAAACAUACUUUACUAAACAGCAUAAAUAUCAUCAUCCUUACCCCAUUCUUUUCCAUCCAAAUUAAGUUCCCAGAAGUAGUUUACAUUAAGAAGAAGACAGGAAAAAUGGCUUCUACUCGGGAGACAAGACAAAAUAUGGAGGUGAUUAAAAAGAAACUGUUCAGAAGUGCCAUGCAGGGUAAAUGGGAUGAAGUUGUGAACAUAUAUAAGGAAAAUGAAGAAGUUCACAUGGCCAAAAUCACAAAAUCAGGGGACACAGCAUUACAUGUAGCAGUUUCUGAUGACCAAGCGCGUAUUGUGGAACAGCUACUACUCAUUAUCCGGGGUAAAGCUAAGGUCAAGGAGGUUCUCAAGAUACAAAAUGAGCGAGGGAAUACCAUUCUCCAUUUAGCAGCAUCUAUGGGGAGCAUGGAGAUGUGUAAGUGCAUUGCUGAUGCACUCCCGGACCUGAUUGGCGCCCGCAACCAUGACAGUGAGACUCCUCUCUUCUUGGCUGCACUACAUGGGAAGAAAGAAGCUUUUAUUUGCCUCGAUGAAAUAUGCGGAUUGGAUAAGGGCAACACUUACUGUAGGAGGAAUGAUGGUGAUACCAUUCUUCAUUGUGCCAUCGCGGGAGAAUACUUUGAUUUGGCUUUUCAAAUAAUUAGCCGGUACAAGAAUCUUGUUAACUCCGUAAAUGAGCAAGGAUUGUCGCCUCUCCAUCUCCUGGCCACCAAACAUUCUGCUUUCAGAAGCGGGAGUCAUUUUCGAUGGUUCACCAACAUCAUAUAUCACUGUAUAUUUGUUGAAAAGCUUGAGGAGGAAACAUUCAAGCAGGAGGAAGCUAUCGUAAAAACUUUUGAUGAAGAAAAGGAUCCUCUAUGUCCAGAGAACUACCAAACAUGCAUCAAUUUCCUCCGAUUGCCCUGGUCGGCCUUGACAAUACUAUUUGAUCCUGGAAACCGUCCAAACACAAAUCUUGAGCAAUCAGAUCAGAAGACUACCAAUGCUAAUACCGGAAAAGAUCCAGGAACUGGUGGGCAAGCUGAUCUGGAGGAUCCCAGUGGAAACCAAUCAAACAUGAAGGCGAAAGGAGAAUUGCAGUCACAAGGGCAUCAACUGAUUCCCUCCAAUUACCACACUUGCUUUAAUAUAAUCAAGUUUGUAUUCAAGGCAAUAUUAGUAAUUCUCGGAUUUGGUAAGCCUUUCCAUACCAUCCUUUACACCAAUCCUUUAGACUUCAAUUGUCCAGCCGUAAAGAAGGUCCGGCAGAAAAAAGAGAAGCACGUAUGGGCUGCACAGAUCUUGGAUGAACUUCUUUGUCAUGCUUCUUUUUAUGAGUACGAAGAUAAUGGAAGAAAUCCUCAACAACCAUCACAGAAGAAAGAUGCUGACACAACACCUUACAGCAUCUCGGAUGAUCAUGGUGUUUCUUUUGACAACACCUUAGAAAGUCAGCAUCUACCGGGAGGCACAGCAGCUCAACCUUCUUCAGCAACUAAUCAACAGGGUGAAGAUAAAGGAGCUCCCGCUGAUCGAAGCUCACCAGAAGCUCAGCGAAAACAGAAUGACAAUGGUAAAAAUAAGAAAAAUGAACAAGAUAAGAAGAAACCAUCGGAAAUGGAGAGAAAAGAGACACCCUUAUUAGUUGCAGCAAAGAAUGGUGUGGUGGAAAUUGUGGAGAGAAUUCUAGAACUUUUUCCAGUGGCCAUCCAUGACAAGGAUUACCAAAAAAAGAACAUUGUGUUGUUGGCAGUGGAGUACAGGCAACCCCAUGUUUAUGAGCUGUUAGUCAAAAGAAAAGUCCUCAAGGACGCCGUGUUUCGGCACGUGGACAUAGAUGGCAAUAGUGCACUACAUCUGGCUGCAAUGCUUGGAGAGAAUAAGCCUUGGCUUAUACCUGGUGCCGCUUUGCAGAUGCAGUGGGAAAUAAAGUGGUACGAGUUUGUUAAGAGGUCCGUGCCACAACAUUUCUUUGUACGCUGCAACCAGAAGGGUGAGACUGCAAAGGAUAUCUUCACCGAGAAACACAUGGAUCUUGUCCAAGCUGGUGGUGAAUGGCUAUUCAAAACCUCUGAGUCAUGCUCCGUGGUGGCAGCCCUCAUUGCAACCGUGGCCUUUGCAACGUCUUCCACUGUGCCAGGUGGGGUGAAAGAAAAAGUUGGAACACCAACGCUAGAAGACGAGCCGGCAUUUGACAUUUUUGCCAUAUCUUCUCUUGUCGCGCUUUGUUUCUCAGUCAAUGCUGUGAUCAUGUUUCUUGCCAUUCUAACCUCUCGAUACCAAGAGAGAGAUUUUCGCAUCUACUUGCCAAGGAAACUUCUAGUAGGCUUGACAUCGCUCUUUGUGUCCAUAGCUUCGAUGCUAAUCUCUUUCUGUGCCGGACAUUACUUUGUCCUUAUGGAUAAACUGCAAUACACUGCCAUUCUUGUAUAUGCAGUAACCUGCCUUCCAGUAAUCUUCUUUGCCGUGGCACAGUUUCCUCUGUACUUCGAUCUUAUGUGGGCCACUUUUAAGAAGGUGCCACAGCGAAGCUACAAGGUGGCUCCUCUCUAAUGUUUUGCCUUACAUAGAUUUGACUUCGUUGUUUUGGGCUUGUGGAUUCCAUGUUUUAGCGGGUGGUUUCUUCUUAGUGAUGGUGAGAAGAGAUUUUAUUGAUAUUAAGUUUAUGUACAAGUGUCUUCUUCUAUAUUAAAUGUUAUGUGAUUAAAUGAUAUGAUGGACUA